AUGCAGGGUAUCUGGUCCCGCACCGUUCCCGCUGGGCCGGCUUCCCACUGCGUUUCCUGCCUCAGCACCGCCGCGGAGGGAGUCGCAUCCCGAUCAACAUCAGCGGCAAGCAGACGACGCUUACGCCUCGGGAACUCGGUCACGGCUUUUUACACCAGCAUAUUCGCCGCCGCAGCCUGGGUCGAUGCGCGAACAAAAGUUAAACGGCGGCUUGAAUGGGAGGAGAAAAUUGCGGCGGUUAAAGAGGAGGUCAAUGAGUUGGUGAAUGAGGAACAACGUCUUCUAGAGGCCCUGGCCUCCCGGGCCUCAAGGGCUUCGACUCGCACUGUCAAUCCCUUCAGCAGAGCACUCCAAGCAAGAUCAUACUCUUCGCAGUCCAAACCACGAAACCGUAACAUUCAGGCCACCAGAAAACUUCCACCCCGCUACGUCGGUACUGCCGAUAAGGAACUAUCAAAGUUCAAUGAGCAGAUGGAGAGUGCAGUCAUAUCGGAGCUCGAUCAGCAAAUUAGUGAUCGGGUUUCUGACGAUACAGAUACAUUUGACAUGGCGCUUGAUGGAGAGCGCAUACCUGCUUGGCUUGAAACCAGCCUCGUCCGUGGCAAGGCAAUUAGGAGGCUCGCAUUGAAACAGCUCGCAAUCCGGCUUUUGCUACGCCCCGCGAUCGCCCACAGCUAUGCGGGUGUGCUCCAAAACUAUAGCGGCUCGGAUUCGUUACCGAAGCUUGACGUGGCAUCACUCCUUCAGGAACUAGAUUCAACUCGGCGCAGGUUAAACCAAUUGAAAUCUGACCCCAAUCAUCCGAUAGAUGAUCUGAUAGGAGACAUCGCCGUUGUUAGAUUGAAAGAUGCGGUCCAUGAAAGUAUACAAGUUGGGAAGACUAUCCGCCAUGACACGGGACUGUACUCGAAUAACCAAAUGCCGCUCGAGGAACUGCUAUUGAGGCUUUCAAGCAACCUCCUUCAAAUCAAAGAUCCCGAUCAGACCAACGCUUACAAACUAAUGAUCCUGGCAUUCACCAAAACCCGCCAAAACGACCUUGCUGAACUCGUCAUCAAGACAAUACUUCCUUACAAGUUCCCCCUAAACGCCUCUCUCAUUUCCACCAUACUCAACUACUUCCGCAAGAGCAAGGAUCUAAAAGGGUUCGAUCUAUUUCUACAGAUGUUACGUGGCGGUGGCUACCCCAUUGACAUGGGCAACCUUGCCUUCUACAAGGAGAUUGAAAUCAAUGGGCUGAAAAUCACGGUACCUCCAACUCCCUCUGCGAAUGUAGUCGUCUAUGCUGUGCUCAUCAAAGCGUGCCUACGUUUUGAUCAACCCGAGAGAGCCGACGCCUACCUUUCAGCUGCCCGAGCAAAUGGCUGUUUGGACGACUUCGCUAUACUAAUGGCGUAUUUGGAGUUUUAUACCAUCCGACGUGAUUGGGAGAAAGGACUUCAGCUGUUGCAAAGAUGUUUAGCCUUCAUUGUCUCAUCGUCUGCGCACGACUUGGACAAGGUUGGGAGGCUCGUUGUGAUGAUGGUACAUCUCAGCGAUGAGUGCGAGAAACUCGAUGUUUCGGAUGUUAUCAUUGAGGCUGCAAUCAACAGCGGGUUCGACUGGCGCAUUGCUGAGGAGCAGGCAGACAUUGUUUCCAACAUUGAUCCUGACCUCCACCGAUGGCAAACUGCCGCGCGAUUAUUGACAUCGGGGAAGAUAGAAUCCAUGGGACGAGACAUCUGCUAUGCAUUCGUCAGGAGUGUUAAAGAGCACUUGGAUUCUCUUCCUGAAUCAAAAGAGGAGUCUUCUGCGAGUCGAUUACACAAGCACGCUGGACUUUAUUCUAAACAACUUCUGUCGUCCAUUAUGAGUGGCAUUUCCGUUCAGUCGAAGACUGAAGACAGAGGUCACACAGCACAGAGCGGCCAUCUUCAACCUUCGCAGGCGGGUGAAUUUGAAGGAAAUGGCUCAUCAGCCACUUCCGAGUCUACGGUCACUUCCAAAAACCAGGAUUUAGAGGCCCUGAAGCAUGAAGUUGCACAGCUAAGGCGAAUCGUCUUCCAUCUGUCUCGGGCAACAGCCGCCCAGAACAUACCUGAACCCACUGGUAACGACGCUAUCAGUCUCAAAAAACGACUCGUCUCUACCGUCUCAACACAAGAUGCGCCACAACAGCCCCAUACGUUAAAUAUCUCGGCCUUUUCGGCUUCUAGCUGA